ACAUAUGUGUUUUUCAUCCACAGUAAUUGCACCAAAUGAAAAAAAAAAAAUUAUCGCCAAAAAGCGAAAUAGUUCAAAAGUGGAUGCAGAUGGCGUAUCGCAAACGUGGCGCCGCUCUCAGGUUCCCUCAGGUACUUUCAGCUGUUGUAGAUUCUUGAAAAGAAAUAUUACUUCGUGUAAAAAAAAGAGGGAAAUAGGAUUAAUGCAAGCCAAUUCAGCUAUAAAGACAGGCCUCUUAUCUGAUGGAUCAACGACACUGUGAUGAUUAACAUCGACGAUAAAUCUUCUCAAAGAGGAUCAAUAAAUUUGUUAUGGAGGAGAGUCUCGAGGAGAGUCUGGUGGGCGAGGUGGAGGACGAUGUUGGCGGUGAGCUGACGGCGCAGGACGCGCUGCAGGCGAUUGAGAACGCCUGGAUGAACGAGAAAUUCGCGCCGGAAAUUCUGCCGCAUCAGUCGAACCUCGUAGAUUGCAUGCUGCAGCAAAUCGCGCACAUGGAGAGGAACGUUAAGAGGUUAGAUCGGAGCGAUCUGCGUGCGCUGGUGCACCGUAUGGAGGUUGAUCGCAUCAGGUAUGUGAUCUCGAGUUACCUGCGCACACGCCUGGAGAAAAUUGAGCGCUACACUUUGCAUAUCUUGUCGGAAGAAGCGAAUCGCGGUGAAGAUGAGUGCUACUUGACGCCGGGCGAGCUGCGCUUCGCCAAGGAGUUUCUCACCAGCAUGGAGACGCUUUUCAAGACGGUGGCGUUGCAGCAUAUGCCGCCAAAUUUCCAGCGUUUCGAGGUGAAUAAAUUCACUGUUAAGCCGAACAUGCAAGCGCAUGUGUUUCUGCGCGCAAAUCAGCCGGUUACCGGUGUCGUUCUACCUGGUGUGCUCAACGAAGAGAUAGACUUCGAGGCUGGUUCGCAGCACAUCAUUCAGUAUAGCGCGGUCGCACACUUGGUCAAGUCUGGUGUAGUGCAGUUGAUUUGAUCGGAAAGAAUGGGGUGAAAAGUA